GGGUUGCAGAGGAGGAAGAAGAAGAAGGAGGAGGAGGUGAAAGAUGGUAUUCUUUUGUUUCCUGGUGGAUCAGCGGCGGAAGGUGAAGAGCAGCAAGCCUGCGGCAGGGAUAUGUUCACGGUGCGGCGGAGGGGCGAGCGUUGCAGAUAUGAAGACUUCCACCAGAUUCUGCUACGUUCCCUUCCACUGGAAAUGCUGGAAAGCUAUAAUCUGCACAUUCUGUGGAGCUAUUCUUAAAUCUUACAGAUGAAUU